GGGGAAACGAUUAUCUUCUGUAAUUAGUCCUGUUUGUCAAUGGAGUGUCUGUAGUUUACAAAGUCAGCUCCAAUCCCAUAAUCCGUUUCAGCUGUUUCUUCUGAACCCCGUGGAGAAGCUGUGAGUGGAAGCCAAUUAGCUCGAUUGUCUCCAGCCUGAGAUCUGAACCAUGGCUCAAGAGGACAAAGUGAAGAAAGUAAAGGCUGAGAAGGCCAAAGAGUCUGCACUGACCCAUGACCUUUCCGGCGGAGACGCACGCCCGAACUUCAAGAAGGUGCAGGCCAAAAGCACGGAGAAGUCGCAGAAAGGCAAAAAGCAGCAAAAGGUCAAGAGUCCUAAAAAGGAGAGAACCGACUUUGAAAUAGCUGAUGAUAAAAGGAUUAAGGAGGAGGCAAAUGAUGCUGACUUUAUGCCAGAAAAGAAAGGGAAGAAAAGGAAAAGAAAGUUGGAGUCAGUCGAGGGUCCUUCCAGCUCCACUGCACUUUCUCUGCCGAAGAAGAAGAAGAAGGAAAAAGCUUCGCAGGAAGGGGACGAAAGCUUCGGUCCGGAGAAAAGGAAGAAAAAGGCGGAAGCAAAAAAUAAGAAGGUAAAGAAGGAGGAAGAGGAGCAUCCUGUCGCAGUAAAGAAGACGAAGAAGACGAAGGAGGAGAUCGAAGCAGCCAGGGCUCUAAAGAUAAAGAAGAAGGAGGAAGAGGAGCAGCAGCGAUGGCGUUGGUGGGAGGAGGAGAAGUAUGCAGAUGGGAUCAAGUGGAAGUUUCUAGAGCACAAUGGGCCUUAUUUCCCUCCCGAGUACCAGCCACUCCCGGACAAAGUCAAGUUCUACUACGAUGGCAAGCCUGUGAAGCUGAGCUUGGCUGCAGAAGAAGUGGCUUUGUUCUUUGCUCAGAUGCUGGAUCACGAGUACACCACUAAAGAUGUGUUUCGUGACAACUUCUUCGCAGACUGGAGGAAGGAGAUGACUCUGGAAGAGCGGAUGCUGAUCACGGACCUCAAUAAGUGUGAUUUUGGCGAGCUGCAUGCCAUGCACCGGGAGAGAGUAGAGGCACGGAAGAACAUGAGCAAAGAAGAGAAACUGGUUAUUAAAGAGGCCAAUCAGAAGAUUCUGGAGGAGUACGGCUACUGUAUGCUGGACAAGCACCGCGAACGCAUCGGCAACUUUAAGAUCGAACCUCCAGCGCUGUUCCGAGGCCGAGGAGAACAUCCUAAACAGGGCAUGCUGAAGAAGAGGAUCCGGCCGGAGGACGUUACCAUCAACUGCAGCCGUGAUUCACGUAUUCCAGUGCCCCCUGCUGGUCACAGCUGGAAAGAGGUACGGCAUGACAACACUGUAACCUGGUUGGCUAGCUGGACCGAGAACAUCCAGGGUUCCUGCAAAUACGUCAUGCUCAACGCAAAUUCCAAACUGAAGGGAGAGAAGGACUGGGAGAAAUACGAAGUGGCUCGCAAGCUAAAGACGUGCGUGGAUGCGAUCCGAGCUCAGUACCAGCAGGAUCUGAAGUCCAAACAGAUGGGAGUAAGGCAGAGAGCUGUAGCCCUCUAUUUCAUCGACAAGCUGGCUCUGAGAGCAGGUAAUGAAAAGGAAGAGGGGGAGACGGCGGAUACAGUGGGUUGCUGCUCUCUGCGUGUCGAGCACAUUACCUUACACGACACUCUCGGCGGCGAUAAAUGCGUUGUAGAGUUCGACUUCCUGGGUAAAGAUUGCAUCCGUUACUACAACAAGGUUCCUGUCUCGAAAAGGGUUUUUAAAAACCUCAAGCUUUUUAUGCAAAACAAGCAAGAAACAGAAGACCUGUUUGAUCGAUUAAACACGGCAUUGUUGAAUAAACAUCUGAGUUCUUUGAUGCCUGGUCUCACAGCCAAGGUUUUUAGGACGUACAACGCCUCCAUGACGCUGCAGCAGCAGCUCAAAGAGCUCAGCAAUCCUUCAGAUAACCAGGCUGAGAAGCUGCUGUCCUAUAACAGAGCGAACCGUGCGGUUGCAGUUCUCUGUAACCAUCAGCGGGCGGCGCCAAAGACCUUCGAGCAGUCCAUGGCCAACCUGCAGGCUAAGAUUGAGAGCAGGAAAGAGCAGCUAGCGCUGGCUAAAAAGGAGCUGAAGCAGGCCAAGAAGGAAGCCAAAGCGAACUCAGACAGCAAACUGCUUGCUGUGGUAGAGAAGAAGAAGAAGACAGUGCAUCGCUGUGAAGAGCAGUUGCUCAGAAUGGAGGUUCAGGCAACAGACAAAGAAGAGAACAAGCAGAUCGCCCUGAGCACCUCCAAACUAAACUAUCUGGACCCACGCAUCAGUGUUGCCUGGUGCAAGAACAUGGAGGUGCCACUGGAUAAAAUUUAUAACAAGACUCAGAGGGAUAAGUUUGCCUGGGCCAUUGACAUGACUGAGCUCGACUUUAUGUUUUAAUGCGUUUACAGUUCCACUUAAAACUUAACCUGAAGUUUGUAUACAAGCAUUUAUAGACUCCAGCUUUUAGCAUCAAAGUUUACUGCUUUUAGUUUGUGUUCUUAUAACAGCAGUUUGUUGUUUUAUUACUAUCAAUUUCAAUAAAUAUUUGUACGUUUCUUAUA